AUGAUUCAUGAAAGACCAAACAGUUCUGAGCUGAGUCAAGUACAUUCUUUGCGGCGGAUAUUGGACAUUCUUUGCGGCGGAUAUUGGAAGGAUGUGGAUACAGGAGGGUGGAUUCAGGCAGGGGAUUUGGUCCGCAAGCUUCUGCACAACAACAAGGUGCUUCAACGGCAGCUUGGAUGGUCUCCCCCUGUGGAACAAACCCUCGGGUCAAUAGCGCCCGUGGCACGAAAGAAGGACAGACCAACUCGUUGGGAUCAGACUCAAGCAUCGCGACACUACACUCCCCAUACCAAAUUUCCCCGGCUGGAUGAUGCCUCGGCGUGGUUUGGAGGCCAAAGCUUGACGACAGUCUGUGGUGACAUUGUGCGCAUUGGAGCAUGGGUUGUUGCAGACGGGACGAAUGGCAAGCCCGUGUUCGGACGAAUUCUCGAGCUACUCCACAGACCGAGUCAGCUGGUCAUACUCGAGCAGUUUGUUAUUUGUCAGAAAGCGCACCCUGAUUUCCUUUGGCCCAUCCUCAGUCGGCCUGCAGGUGCAGAGAUUGUCACUGGCUGUGCAUCAUUUGUCGUGCUCACAGCCAAGGCCGUCAAGUUCGUGGUGUCUGUCCAGCACGACUGUCAAAAAGGAGACUGCAAACCAGCUCUACUCGGAAUGGAGAGGCAAGAAAGAGAAGAAACGCACCGCACGAGGAGUCUUAUCCAGCACUCAGACGACGACUUCUUUGUCCUGAACCUCGCCGCUUUCCACAACUCUGGUGCGCUCUCCCGAAUUCUCCCGAAAUCAUUCACAAAACCCCAGCCCAUGCACGAAGACCGAAAGAAGUUCCACCACAAUGUCGCUGCAGAGGCCCAGAUUUUGCGUGCGAGCAAACGGAAAAAAACGGCGGAGAAGCGAAGGGCAACACUGGCCGCCAAAAAGGAAAGGGCUCAGCAGAUGCUGAAUGACGCAAAUGCAGUGGAGGGAGAAGAGGAGGACAAGGAGUCGGGCAGCAAAAGUGAGGUGGAAGGAGACAAUGCGUUGGAACUUGAGGGAGAAGGGAUUGAGCCCGGGAUACUUGGUGAAAAGAGAGUAGCGAGACCAGGGGAGGGUUCAAGCAGAUCUCGAAAAUGCCAGUGCUUGCAAUGUGAAGCAAAUGCAUGGCUCUUGCCAUGGCAUGCACACGAAUCCACCAUUUCGUACCGAUUCCCAUCGUCGUUUGGGAGUCCAUCCCCUCCCCCCAUCGUACCAUCGUCGCCCGAUCUGGCGCAUCAAAACGAACCCGGGCCCUCCAACCCCUAUCUCGCCCUUCCGCCGCCUGAAGACGAGAUCCCAGACCUUGACGAGCUGCCCUCCGAACAACCACCCUCACCCCCACCUACCACACCUGCUCGUACCAUGUCAGGACACCACCGCAUCACCCUCGCCGCCGACCCUCCCUAUUUCGAUGGGGACAAAUCUAAAUAUCUGGGCUUCGUAGACUCGUGCACCACCUACAUUGGUGCCUACCGAUCAGAGUUCUCGCAGGAUGAGACCAAAAUCCUCUUCGUCCUCUCCUACCUCCGCAACGAGAGCGGCACGAGCUGCGCUGCCUCGAGAUGGGCGAUGAACUGGAAGCAACACAACUUCGAUGGCUUCCAGGGACUGAAGGCAGGGACCACGGCCAAGACCUUCUUGGAAGAGCUGCAGAGGGCCUUUGGGGACUCCAAUGCGGAACAAGUCGCCGCUGCUCGACUCAUGGCCCUGCACCAGAACAAACGGUCCUUCGCGGACUACAUCUCCGACUUUGAGAUGUUGGCCUCGGAUGCGGGAUACAAUGUGGUCGACACCACCGACGACAAGGGCGAAUACAAGAAGGGAGACCAAGACAAUAUCCUCAUCAAGUUCCUGGAGCGCGGACUCAGUAGCGAGAUUGCCAGCCGUCUCUACAACACGGGUGUCCCUCUGCCCAAGGCCUAUGGGGCGUUCAAAGCCUGGUGCAUCAACAUCGAAGCCAAUGCUCUACGUGACCAGCUACGCAAGGCAUCCUACAGACAUCCCACGCCACGACCACCUCCCCCGUUCCGCCCGCAGGUAGCCCCAAUGACACCUGCACCCGCCCCGGCCCGACCCGCUGCCAACGAACCAGUUCCGAUGGAAAUCGAUCGCACCCACGCCCGCGGCCGCAAUAUCAUCUGCUACAACUGUCAGCAGCCUGGGCACAUUGCGCGGAACUGUCCGGAGCCAAGGAAGAAGCGCACAUUCUUCAAUCGGGCCACAAUGCUGGAAGAAAUCGAGAAUGGGGACAAGGACAACGAGUUCCUCAAGGAGAUUGCCGAGAAGCUGCGUGAGAAGGGUUUUUGA